ACCCGUGAUUUCCAGGACAGCCAGCACUCAGUUCCACAGGAGCCAUAACGCACACUGGGAAACAUGGGUCUGAAGCUGCUGGAGUCCAGACUUUGUCUCCUUCUGCCGCUGGGACUUGUCCUGAUGCUUGCCUCAUGCCAGCGACCAACCCCUUCCCAGAGGUUUGCCAUCCAGCACAUCUAUAAUAGCGCCUACCCCCAAUGUAAUGCUGCUAUGCAGCGUGUUAACAAUUAUACAGGAAGAUGUAAGGACAUAAAUACCUUUCUUCAUACAAGUUUUGCUAGUGUUGUUGGUGUGUGUGGCAAUAGAAACACCACCUGUAAUAGUAACAGGACAAGAACAAAUUGUCAUGACAGUACAUAUCAGGUAAAAGUAACUAUCUGCAACCUCACAAAUCGGGCAGCCGUUUAUCCUCAAUGCCCAUACCAAACUAUAAAUUCAUCGAAGUUCUACAGAGUUGCCUGUGACCCCAGAACUCCACGGGACAAUCGCACAUAUCCAGUGGUUCCAGUUCACUUGGAUUUCAUAUUUUAGCUCCAGUGCCAUCACUUUGUAUCUGAGCUCAUCUGCUCCUGCCAAGAUCACAGUAGUGAAGAUCCAGUUCCUCUGUCUGCACUGCGUAUCAGCUCCUGUCCUCAUGAAACCUGUCCCUGACUCCACUCAAUUUAGCUGAACAGAUUUUUUUCUAAUCAAUAAAUGCCUUUCCAUAUGCAUCU